UAUUCAUAUCAUCUUCGGUCAAUGGCAAUUGGCAAGGUAUUUACAACAAUACUGAUUAUGAAAAUGGAAUUUUCGAAAUACCUGUAAGCCCUUAUGUGGUUGGGAGAUAUGUGCACAUUGUAAUGCCGGGAACUUACAGGAAUCAAGGAAUAAAAAUAGGGCCGUUACUACUGUGUGAAGUUGAAAUAUUUAGCCGAGAUUUGAUUCAAGAGAUAAAACAAUCGGUUCAGACAUCAAUGUCUUCAAAAAGUACUUGGAAUGCUCCUCAGACCAGUUGGGAUAAGGAUAGAGCUCUCGAUAAUAUCGAUGCAUAUAACCCAGAUACAUGUAGUUGUUGCAGCGGAACUACAGGAAACGAUACACCAUGGUGGAGAAUUAAUCUUGGGAAAAAAUACUUGAUAUCAGAUAUCUGGAUAUAUGGAAGGUCAGAUGCUAGUCAUCAAUCUACAAAUCUGUACAUUUACGGAACUAACAGAACGAAUGUGAACCAAAACCAAUAUCUGUUUCACGGUGACCCUGAAGAGGGAAGUUACAUUUAUUCCAUCAAAUUACCAAAACCGAGACUAUUCCAAUAUCUAACAAUAAGAAGAUGGGUGGCUGGGCUGAUGACACUGUGUGAAGUUGUGCAACUGGAUAUUACGGUGACAAGUGCUUACGACAGUGUCAUUGUACCAACGCUUCGGCUUGUGAUGUCAACACUGGACAUUGUGAGAGUUGUGCGACCGGUUGGACUGGUUAUGCUUGCAACUCAG